CACAACCUCUGACUUCCUUUUUAAUGUUGAUUCAUCCAUUCAUUCAUUCAAACACAAAAUCCUCACUAAUUAUUGCUUCACAGCUUAGAGCUUCUGUUGGUGCUCUUGCUCUUGCUUGACCAUAAUUGUCUGCCAUCUCUCUCUCUCUCUACAUAUUUAUGGCUCCUUAUAAUUGUACUUUCACCUACUGCUCCUUUUAGUAGUAAAAACUAGGAGAGAGUAAAGAGUACCAUACUUGCCCACUUGCUGGCUUGCUCUCUCUUCUCUCUGUGGUGUGGAUAUGUGUUUCUCUUCAUCUUUUCAAGUUUUUUCAACCCUUUUGUUGCUGCAACCAGCACUGAAAUUCAGCAUCAUCUGAGGCUACUUCCCUUCUUUUGCUCCCUCCCCAAAAGUGGAUUUCUUUCUGGUUUCCUCCAUGAAGCAAACUUCUCCUCUUUCAGGCUCAGAUUCCAUUAUCACUCCCGUGUAAGCUACUUUACUUUUCUUCCAAAACCCAGUAUUUUCUUCCUUCUCUCUCUUUUCUUGGUGUAAUUUGGUAUUGUACUUUGUUGGGUUUGUGAUGAAUCUCUGUGUUUCUGAGUCCAUGGUUGAUGAGAUUUAUGUUGAUGUCCCCAAAAUUUGUUCAAUUCUGACAUCUUAUCCUGUUCCCUAUGUUGUGUUUUCACUUUUCUGAUGUGGGUUCUCUUUUUUUCACCUUGGCCAUUCUUUUGUGCUUCCCCUUUGAAAUUGAAGUGCAAAAGCUAACCCUCCCUCUUUGUUCUAUUCGCUUAGACUUUGUCAGAUUCAUUAACCUUUUCUGCUGAAACAGUGUACUGGUAGUACAGCAAAAAGCUGGUUGAGUUUGUUAUAUCUUUCAAAAGCUUUGACCUUUAUCAGCCAAGUAAUGAAUGAUGUGGUUGAGGUUCUUUGUGCUUGUUGUAGUUGGAGAUUCAGUGGCUGUUUGAGUACUGUCUUGUGUAGUGGCUCAUCUAUACUCAACCUCUGGUCUGACAUCACCAAUGGUCUAUCAUCUGGGGUUGAUAGAAUUGGACUAGUUCUCAUUCUUAAGAGGAUGUUGUGGAUCAAUGAUUAGUUUGGCUACUAGGAAUUUUGGUCAUCUCUACUGGUUAGUGGUCUGAGUUGGUAUUUUCUGUUGGUUGAGUUGGUUUAAGAUCUUGCUAAGCAAAAAGCAAUGAGGUUAGGGGCUCACCAUAAGCAACUCGUCUUUGAUUGGUUGGCGUAGUAGAUGGACAACUUCCCUGCAAGUAGUAAAUUCAAUUCUAUGCUGUCUCCAAUUACUAUAUAGUUCCAGCCACAAAUGACAUCAAUCUGAUGUCUUUGAUCUUCUGAGUUCUCUACCUCUAGUUUCGGCUGUAUUUUAGAUUUCUCAUAUAUCGGUUUGAUAAGAGAUCUUCAACAAGCAUUGUAUUGGUAGUGGUGGUGUAAACGAUGGAUCGGCUGCACUAGAUAGAGGAUAGGAGUGAUAUACUCGAACAUAGUUGAUAUAGCUGGCUGUAAGUUGGUGCAGAACCAGUUGGACGGAUAAGGAUGGAGAACAUGUUUAGCAAUGGAGAAUGUUUUAUUAAGAGAAAAAUCUUAACCAAAGAAAGCAUUGAAGACACCAUUUUCGACGCAGUCAUGCAGCAACAUCCCAACUCCAAGUUCGACUCGGAGUAUGAGUCUGAUCAUGAAAGCAGCAGCCAAGUAGCAUCAUCCAACUUAUCUGCUAGCGAACCUUCACCGGACCCCUCCAAGGACACCACCACCCUCUCAUCCUCCUCGCUCCCCCUCGACCUCGACCUCUCCCUUCAACUGCAGCACUCCCAAGACCCCGCCCACCUCAAACCACCAGCACCAGAACACGACCCGGGCAAUGCAUCCGCCCCUGCUACACCACCACCAGGAGCCGGCGUGCAGCCACGAGUCUUCUCCUGCAACUACUGCAGGCGCAAGUUCUACAGCUCGCAGGCGCUGGGCGGCCACCAGAACGCCCACAAGCGCGAGCGAACCAUAGCGAAGCGAGCAAUGCGGAUGGGGAUCUUCUCCGACAGGUACAACAGCUUGGCCUCCCUGCCCUUACACGGAGUCUCCGCAUUUCGCAACCUCGGCAUCAAGGCUCAUUCCGCUACUCAUCACAGCAACAUGAUCCCCUUCCAGAGGAUGCCACCGCAGGCACAUCCGCAUCCCCAGCAGCAGGCACCACUGUCGGCGGCUCGAUUCGAGCAGAGCUACUACGGGGUGCCCGUGUUGACGACGACAGAGGAAGAUGAUGUAGGAAUGUAUUGGCCGGGGAGCUUCCGGCAGGUUGUUGCCACCGGUGGAGCAGUCAGCAUCCCCGCCGCUAAUAAUCACAACAACAAUAAUCAGUUCGGUCAUUUACAGUAUGCUGAGAGGCGGCUAAACAGCAAUAGCACUAGUAGUUUUGUUGCCAUGGAAGUCCCGGAUUCUUCAUCUCUGGCGCCGGAUCUAACGCUCAAGCUAUGA